AUGUCUCGAGCCCAGCCUCCGAACCCUGCGGGCUCCCGCAAGAUCUCCUUCAACGUGAGCGAGCAGUAUGAUAUCCAGGAUGUCGUCGGAGAGGGAGCAUACGGUGUUGUCUGCUCCGCGAUACACAAGCCCUCGGGCCAGAAGGUCGCCAUCAAGAAGAUCACACCCUUCGACCACUCCAUGUUCUGCCUGAGGACCCUCCGUGAGAUGAAGCUCCUGCGCUACUUCAACCAUGAGAACAUCAUUAGCAUUCUCGAUAUCCAGAAGCCUCGGAGCUAUGAGACCUUCAACGAGGUCUAUCUGAUCCAGGAGCUGAUGGAGACUGACAUGCACCGUGUCAUCCGCACCCAAGACCUCUCCGACGACCACUGCCAAUACUUCAUCUACCAGACCCUCCGGGCAUUGAAAGCCAUGCACUCGGCCAACGUCCUGCACCGAGACCUGAAACCCUCCAACCUGCUCCUCAACGCCAACUGCGACCUCAAGGUGUGCGACUUUGGUCUUGCCCGUUCGGCCGCCUCCCAGGAGGACAACUCUGGCUUCAUGACCGAAUAUGUCGCGACGAGAUGGUACCGUGCGCCAGAGAUCAUGUUGACCUUCAAGGAGUACACCAAGGCCAUCGAUGUAUGGUCUGUGGGCUGUAUCCUCGCUGAGAUGCUGAGCGGAAAGCCCCUCUUCCCGGGCAAGGACUACCACCACCAGCUUACCCUCAUCCUCGACGUUCUCGGCACCCCAACGAUGGAGGACUACUACGGCAUCAAGUCCCGCCGAGCUCGGGAGUACAUCCGCUCUCUGCCCUUCAAGAAGAAGGUCCCGUUCCGAACCCUAUUCCCCAAGACCUCUGACCUGGCAUUGGACCUCCUCGAGAAGCUCCUGGCCUUCAACCCCGUCAAGCGCAUAACGGUGGAGGAGGCGCUCAAGCACCCGUACUUGGAGCCUUAUCAUGACCCCGAUGACGAGCCGACCGCGCCACCAAUUCCCGAGGAGUUCUUCGACUUUGACAAGCACAAGGACAACCUCAGCAAGGACCAGCUCAAGCAGCUCAUCUACCAGGAGAUCAUGCGGUAA